UUAGCGGCUAGCAUAAUCUUGCUAGAUUUUCUCCAACAAGAUUUCUCAACACGUCUCUCAGCAAAAUUGAGGAAGAGAGUUGCUUAAAAGAUUAGAGCAUUUGUCGAGUUUUCUCAGUCGAAGUAGAAUUAGAGAGCCUUGCAAGUACCCUACACUCUCAGAAACCCUAAAAAAGAGAACCAAGAAACUUGCAGCAUAAAUAUGUUUUGAUGCUUUGAAUCCAUAGACUACUCCAAAGUCUUUAAUAAUUGCCGUUGCCUUCAAGGUAAACACUACACUUUAUACUUGUGGAUGCUUCCAUUUAUAUAUAUACAUGUCUGUAAUAUGCGUGUGAACACAAUCCUUGAUGAAACCUAGCUUCUCAAGGGAAUCAAAAUCGUUAAUCAGCAUUGCACUAGUGGAAAUCAAAAUUUACCCACUUAUUAUUCGUUCAAUCACAGGUGGAACAAACUCAUGAUUUGUUUCAGAUUGAUAUUGCACACGUAUAUAUGCAUAUGCAUUUUUAAGGUUUCAUUUAGUUCAAGAAGCAAAUCUUUGUGUGUAUAUGGUAAAACGAUAUUAAAGGAGACAAUGGAGGAACAUGAGGCUGUUCUUGGUCAACGUCCUAUUUUGUCUCUAAUUAACUGAUCUUGGUUCUUGUUUUGGUAAAGAAUAGAGUCAGUCUCUCCUUUUUUUACCUUGUUUUUGUUUUGUUUUUUUCUCACAUUGUUCAAUAAUCUUAUCAGAUUUCUACGUUCUAUGAUGGUGUUGAUUCACAUUUGACAUUAUUUUAAAAAAUCUAACUUGGCCUUCUCAUAUUUUAUUAAUCACACUAUUUGUAACUUCAAUAAAUAACAUCUACAGAAGAUUUUGAUUUUGAUUUUGCCUUUUCUUCUCUGUUCUGUUUCUGUCCUACUCCUAUUUCCCUUGAUAAAGUUUCAGUCUUUGCACUCAAGAAUGGCUAAAGAGAACACAGGUCAACAUCAGCAAACAGAAGCAAGAAGAAAGAAACUAACUUUGAUUCUUGGUGUAAGCGGACUCUGUAUUUUGUUUUACAUUUUAGGAGCAUGGCAAAACAACAAUGUCCCUGCUUCUUACUCCAAAAUGGGAUGCGAGACUAAAUCAAAUCCUUCUUCUUCAACCUCCUCCUCAUCUUCUGAGUCAUUAGAUUUCAAAAGUCAUAAUCAGGAUGAGUUCAAGGAAACAAACCAAACCAUCAAGUACUUUGAACCAUGUGACUUAUCCCUGAGUGAAUACACUCCUUGCGAAGAUAGACAAAGAGGAAGGAAAUUCGAUAGGAACAUGUUGAAAUAUAGAGAAAGGCAUUGUCCUUCAAAAGAUGAGCUUCUCUACUGUUUGAUUCCUCCUCCACCAAACUACAAGAUUCCAUUCAAAUGGCCGCAAAGCAGAGACUAUGCUUGGUAUGGCAACAUCCCUCAUAAAGAGCUCAGUGUUGAGAAAGCAGUCCAAAACUGGAUUCAAGUAGAAGGUGACCGGUUUAGAUUCCCUGGUGGUGGAACUAUGUUUCCCCGUGGAGCCGAUGCUUAUAUCGAUGACAUUGCUAGGCUCAUUCCUCUUACUAAUGGUGGAAUCAGAACAGCUAUUGACACUGGAUGUGGUGUUGCUAGUUUUGGUGCUUAUCUCUUGAAGAGAGACAUUAUGGCUGUGUCUUUUGCUCCAAGAGACACUCAUGAAGCUCAAGUUCAGUUUGCUUUAGAACGUGGAGUUCCUGCCAUAAUUGGAAUCAUGGGAUCAAGAAGGCUUCCUUACCCUGCUAGAGCUUUUGACCUUGCUCAUUGUUCUCGUUGUUUGAUCCCUUGGUUUAAAAAUGAUGGUUUGUACCUGAUGGAGGUGGACCGAGUUCUAAGACCGGGCGGUUACUGGAUCCUCUCGGGGCCACCGAUAAACUGGAAACAGUACUGGAGAGGUUGGGAGAGAACAGAGGAGGAUUUAAAACAAGAACAAGAUUCAAUAGAAGAUGUAGCAAAGAGUCUUUGCUGGAAGAAAGUGAUUGAAAAAGGUGACUUGUCCAUUUGGCAAAAGCCUAUCAAUCACAUUGAGUGUAAAAAGCUCAAACAAAACAACAAAUCACCUCCAAUAUGCAGCAGCUCGGACAACGCAGAUUCUGCUUGGUACAAAGACUUGGAACCAUGCGUAACACCGUUACCAAACACAAACAAUCCAGAGGAAUCAGCUGGUGGUGCGCUCGAGGAUUGGCCAGACCGAGCAUUCGCGGUACCUCCUAGGAUCAUCAGAGGUACCAUACAAGACAUCAACACCGAGAUGUUUAGAGAAGACAACGAGGUUUGGAAAGAGAGGAUAGCUCAUUACAAGAAGAUAGUCCCAGAGCUUUCACGUGGAAGAUUCAGGAACAUAAUGGACAUGAAUGCUUACCUCGGUGGAUUCGCUGCGUCUAUGCUUAAAUACCCAUCUUGGGUCAUGAAUGUUGUUCCAGUCCAUGCAGAGAAACAGACUUUAGGCGUGAUCUACGAGCGUGGAUUGAUUGGGACGUAUCAAGACUGGUGUGAAGGAUUCUCUACUUAUCCAAGAACUUAUGAUAUGAUUCAUGCAGGAGGAUUGUUCACUUUAUAUGAUAACAGAUGUGAUUUGACGCUGAUAUUGUUGGAGAUGGAUAGAAUAUUGAGACCAGAAGGAACGGUUGUGUUGAGAGAUAAUGUGGAGAUGUUGACGAAAGUAGAGAAAAUAGCGAAGGGAAUAAAGUGGAAUACUCAAAUUGUGGAUCAUGAGAAAGGUCCAUACAAUCCUGAGAAGAUUCUUGUUGCUGUUAAAACUUAUUGGACUGGUCAACCUUCUAACAACAGUAACAAUAACUAGUGUGCCAAUUCUCUUGGUUCCACUCUCCUUUGUGUUUAUUUAUUUAUCUUUGCUUUACUAAAAUCCUGUUUUGUACUUCUUUUCUAAAAUCAUGUCUCAUGACUAUUAGGUUUAGAAUUAGAAUCAAACAUUUUUGAUCGAAGUUUAACUUUAAGUAAUUUAUAUAUGUUUAGUUUUAUUUAUGAAAUGUUAAGAAUAUAUAAGUGAUACGAAUUUGGCACAACUGUCCUAUUCAUUUG